CAAACGUUAACUGUCCUAAACCUUUAAAAAAAAAAAAAAAAAAUGGCGUCAAGAGAAAAUACAGGAUUUUGAGUCUUGGUUACGCCAAAUGGGUCGUCCUUAUUCUGAAGAAGACCCCUCUCUUCUUCAACGCCCAUUACUAUAAAGAACCACACUUUCCCUCUCAAAUACCCACACCCUCCUUAACUCUCACCUCUUCUUUUAUAUAAUUCUUUCUAUCUAUAUCUCACCUCUUCUUGCUUCUUCUUCCUCUUCUUCUUCUUGUUUUAUGUUUUUAAAGUGUUGUGGCUAUAUUUCAGAAUUAACCUUCUGCAUGAGUUUGGAACUUAAAGAGCUAGAAUUGGGGCUCCAUUUUUGGGUUGAGACUUUCAAGAUCAGUUUUUGGGGAUAUAGAUCACAAUUUUCUUCUUCUUCUUCUUCUUCUUCUUCACCUGUGAGGUGCUUUUCAUAAGAUGGAGAAGCACAAUUUUGUCAAGAACGGUGUGCUCAGACUGCCUCCUGGAUUCAGAUUCCACCCAACAGAUGAGGAGCUUGUUGUUCAGUACCUGAAAAGAAAGGUGUUUGCUUGUCCCCUGCCCGCUUCUAUAAUUCCUGAAGUUGAUGUCUGCAAGUCUGAUCCUUGGGAUUUGCCAGGUGAUUUGGAGCAAGAGAGGUACUUUUUCAGCAUCAGGGAAGCUAAGUAUCCCAAUGGUAACCGAUCCAACAGAGCCACAAGUUCUGGGUACUGGAAGGCAACUGGUAUAGACAAGGAAAUUGUAACUUUCAAGGGAAACCAGCUUGUGGGGAUGAAGAAAACUCUAGUUUUUUACCAAGGAAAACCCCCCCAUGGAACCAGGACUGAUUGGAUUAUGCACGAAUACCGUCUAGUUACCACUGAACCUACUGUCUGCAAUUCCCCACAAAAGAAGAACACAAUCCAGAGCUCUUUGGUGCCUAUAGAAAAUUGGGUUCUUUGCCGUAUAUUUUUGAAGAAGAGAAGCGCCCAAAAUGAGGAGGAAAACCUUCAAUUUGGCAAAAAAAAUAUAGUGCGCAAGCUGAGGAACACAAAGCCUGUGUUCUAUGAUUUCCUGACAAAAGACAGGACUGAUUUGAAUAUUGCUCCUUCCUCCUCAUUCUCAGGGUCAAGUGGAAUCACAGAAGUUUCAUCAAAUGAAUCAGAUGAUCAUGAAGAAAGUAGUAGUUGCAACAAUUUUCCUUAUUUCAGAAGAAAACUAUAAGUAGAACUCUGCAAUCCUCUUUAGUUUUAGUCUUUAGUGAUCCCCCUCUUUGGGUUCCUGUAUCAGUAAAUUUGGCUUCUGGUUUCCAAAUCAGAAUAACCAAUCUAAGCAAUCUAAAAAAAGGCUUUGCUGUUAUCAGGAAUGGAUGUCCAGUGAUGGUUAUCUUGUACUCAAUCCAAGAAUUUCAAAGUUGGUGAAAUUACUUUCUUUUUUGAAACA